GCUGUCAUUUCAAAGUAUACUGUGUAAGUGUUCGGUUGUCAAAUCUUUUUCACAUUCACCGCGCUAAAGAAAAAAUUACAUUCAAUCUAAACAAUAGUUCAUGUUCGUAAAUCACUUGCAAUUAAGUUUAUAAAUGUCAAACAAUAUCUAAAUUAAUUCGAUUCAAGUUAAUAUUGAUAUUUGUUGGACAUUUUAGAACCAUUAAAAUGUCUCAAAGUCCAAAUCUGGAAUGUCUCUACUGGCUUUUUGAAAGAACAUAAAUCUUGAAUAUUAAGUCGAGUAUAAAAUAUAUAUUUAAAUGCUAAGAUGAAUAAAAGGAAUACAUGUAUGUAUGUAUGUAUAUAUUAACCGAAAGAAUAGAUAACUUAUAGAAAGACAUCUCAAGAAGUUUUUGCUCAAAUACCUACAUACCUAUAUAAAUACAAGCAAUUUAUAUUGACGUAAAAUAAAAAAGAAAACAUGGACAAAGACAAAAACAUCCAAACUUCCAAACCAAAAAAAUACAGAAACGUUUGGCUAGAGGCUCCAUUGAAAAUGAUGCUUAAUCUCGUAAUUGAGCAUUCACAGAAUGUUGAAGAGUCUGGUAAUGAAAGUAUUGAAUACAAGAGUCAAUUAUGGAAGUAUGUUAAAAACAAACUUGACAUUGCUGGGUACUCUUUUACAGCUGCCCAAAUCGAAGCAAAAUAUUGCUUUCUUGAACGACGAUACAAGAAUUUGGGUUCUCUUGAUUUGAAAGAAUUAGCAGCAUCUGGAAAUGAAUUUAUAGAACCUGAAGUUGAAGACAUUCCUGAAUCAGUUAAAGCCAUUAGAAACAAUAGGCAAACGGCAAAACCGAGAUGUAGCAAGAAUUCACAGGAAACGGAUGUUAAAUAUGCGGAAAUGUUCAAUCUCCUUGAAUCAUGGGGCCUUGCUGACCUCAAAUCCAAAUUUAAAGCCAAUUAUAUAGUUCUUCAAGCAUUGGAAUACCUUACCGAAGCCGAUAUAAUUGAGUUAAUUCCAAAAAUUGGUCAACGGGCUAUAUUUCGUGCACGACUUAAUCAAUGGCGACAGCAGCAAAAGACAUCCAUCAACGUACCAGAACCAAAAAAAAUCAAACUUGAACCUGGCACUGAGAUAAAGUCUCCUCCUGCUCAACAGCCAUUUCAGCAAGAAAUACAACAGCAGUUAGAGAAUCAGCAGCCAAUAGAACAGAACACUACACCUCAGCUCCUACAACCUCAAAAUGUUGUUCACAAAAUUUACGGAAAUCUAACAAAGGUUACCCCAAAGCCAAGAGCAAGGAAAAACAAUAAAAAGGCAAACAAUGCCGGCAAAAAUACUCAAACUCCCAACAUGCAGUCAAGAGUACAACAAUUUAUCAUAGGCUCACCCCCUCAAAUAACUUCAACAGCAACUUUAGCAACGACGACGACAGGAACUGGUAUUUGCCGACUUCCCUCUCCAACAGCUGUUGCUGCAGCACCUACCGGUGGUACAAAAAUUGCAAUUAGUUCUCCAACUUCUCUUUUUUAUAAUCUUCCACCACAUAUUGAAUGCCGGCGCUUUCCUUCCAUCACAAAAUCAACAUCUCCGCAAAUGCACUCUCCAAUCCCUAAUCAGAUUCACAAUAUAGUUUCUAAUUCUGUUCUUACUCCAGUCUCUGUUCAGAACCUUACGCCGAUUUCUAGUAGAAUUAUUAAUUCUGAUAACUUACUUCGUUUGUCUCAACCCAACCAAACUGGUUCUAACUUUGAAGCAGAUCUUACACCAUUUGCGACGUCUAUAAUCAGAGUCGAAACUAACUGUGAAACCCAAUAUCCAAAUGCGGGAGACCCAUCCUCCCAGAAUCCUGUAGGAAAGUUCAAGCGAACAACAAUAAUUCAAAAACUCACUCCUGAUAAGAAAACUACCAAACCGCAACUAAUUGCACCAAAGCCGCUAAUAAUGCCCAAACCCAUUGAAACACUACAAAAUCCACAAGUAGUUCAAAAAUCCCCAGAAUCGGCAAAGUCUCCUGAGGUUCCAAAACCAAAAACUAUUUUAAUACCCAAAGAGGAACCAAUCGAAAUAAUUGAAGACAAUGACGAAGACACAUGGAAUGCAACACAUUCUAAUGAGUUUGAUGAGAAACAAACACAUCCUGUGAACAAACUACCGUUUAUGGAAAAAGAACCUGAAACAGAUCAUCAACAUGAAACAAUACCCGAAACAGAAGUAGAAUCCGAACAAGAGGCAGAACAAGAACAAGAGCCAAAUCCAGAAGUUGAAGAGUUUACACUAGCCGAUGCUGUUACAGAAAUACCCGAUUUAAUCAAAGAUGAACUUUUGGACUCCGAUUCACGUUCAGAUCAUGAGGACAAUGAUAAUAACAACGAAAAAGGUCUUUUAACGGAAAUGAAAGACUUCAAGGAUUCACAGGAAUCUCAGAAUUUGAAAAAAUCCGGGGAUACCCAAGAAGCCAAAGGAGACAUCACAAGACUUGAUAUUCGUAAUGUGUUGAUGACCUCGAAACUUGGGCGACGUGUUAUUAAACGAUAUGUUGCCGAAGAAAUUUUGGAUGAAGGCACAAGGAGACUCCUCGUCGAAGUCGUUGCACAGUAUUGUUUCGAUAAUAAAAUUCACAUCACACCAACUUACUGCAAGGACAUAGCCGAGGAGAUAAUUGAAAUUUUUCCAAAUGAACGAAUGGAGGAUUAUUGGGUUCGCAAAGGAAGAAAAUUAAGACCUCCAAUUUAUAACAAAUUUCAUUGCAUUCGGCGAGAUUUCUUUCGCAGAAAAGCUCUCACAGAUGCCCAUGCGAAAAAUAAUAAAGAAAUCGAAAAGAACAACGCAUCGUCUGUGCAAGAUAAUGAUUAUGAUGAUGAUGAUAAUCUUAUAAUAAGUUAGAUUUUAAGUUUUUUGUUAUUGUUAUCAAUUACGAAUAUAAGACAUUUAUACUAUUUCAUAAGAUAAACAUAUAUUGAAUUCUCAUUAAUUAAUUUUAAAUAACUUACCUUAACCAUAAGUGCAGAUGUCCGUUCGGAUGUGUUGUAAAACUGUGAAACACUGUAAAUUAGACGAACUGUUUGAAGAAGACUCAAUAUUGAUUCUUUCAUGCAGACCUAGAAAUAUAAAAUACAUAUAUUAUGUAAGUAAAAGAA